UUCAAAAGCGAAGGAACAUGGGUGCUCUUGAUUACCUUUCCAACUUCUGCACUGUCACUAGCACAGGGAGCAAGCGCAAAACAAUGCAGACAGUUGAGAUUAAAGUCAAAAUGGACUGUGAUGGCUGUGAAAGGAGAGUUAAAAAUGCUGUUACCUCCAUGAAAGGUGUAAAAUCUGUGGAGGUGAACCGAAAGCAACAACGUGUAACAGUCAGUGGUUAUGUUGAACCAAAUAAAGUCUUGAAAAGGGUAAAGAUCAGUAUUGGCAAGAGAGCUGAAUUCUGGCCUUACAUUCCUCAGCAUCUAGUACACUAUCCUUUUGCGUCAGGAGCCUACGACAAAAGGGCACCCUCCGGCUACGUUAAAAACGUUAAUGUUCAAGCUUUUCCGGCCUCCUCGAACAAUGCAGCAGCUCAUGAUCAGGAGAACAUGGUCUCACUUUUCAGUGAUGAUAAUGUGAACGCUUGUUCCAUCAUGUAAGGCAUUAAUUUUACAAGUAAUUACUGAAAGUUAACGAAUUUUAAGUACGGCGUAAUGGUUCUUCUAGGAAAGAACCUUAAAAAGUACUAGUACUUACGAGA